UCUUCAGGUUCCUCAGUAUCUGCUCAAGUUCCUGACCAGACUUUCUGCAUUAAUUCAGUAAUUCUACAUGGUUGGUUGUCAAGACAAGUAUAGAGAAGCAGAGGUUGUAUAAAGCAGACAGACUGGGAUCAAACCCAGGUUCCAGGGAGAAGUCACCAGAUAUUCACCAUGGAGAAAAGGUCCUUGAAGGAGAUACAGUCUCUGAAGGAGAGGAUGGGGGCACAGCUGAAGGAACUAAACCUGAACCCUAAAACACAAAAAAACUCUAAAAAAGCAGUGAAGGGAUUCACAGACUUUAUACAGAACAAGGAGACAGACAACAGCUACGAUAAUAAAGAGAUGUUGUUGGCGCUAGAGAAGGAGUACAUUGACGCAGCAAAAAUAAAUGAUGUACAGACCAUGAAGCUUCUGGGGAGGGCGGUCAAUGUCGACGCAAAGAACUUGCAUGAUCGCACUGCCCUGCACUAUGCAGUAGCUGGAAAAAACAUAGAGGCCGUCCAAGUACUUCUACAGCGCAGAGCAAAUCUCAAUCAAGCGGACAAGCAUGGAGUGACAGCCAUCCACCUGGCUGCCUGGUUUGGGAGUGUAACCAUCCUGAAGUUGCUUGUGCAUGGUGGUGCUGACCCAAGUGUUCAGAAUGUGGUGGGACUGAACAUCAUGCACUGUGCUGCCAUCAACAACCACACCGACAUCGUGACGUUCAUUAUCUACGACUUGAUGAUGAAAGAACUGGACAAAGAGGACCUGUCUGGACACAGGGCGUUUGCGUCGGCAGCAGAGCAUGGCUCUGUUGAGAUGCUGCAGAUGUUGAUGGAGGAGGCAUACAAUAUGGCCACCAUGGAGGAAGACCAGAAUGGGGACACACCUCUGCACUUGGCUGCCAGCAAUGGCCAUUUGGAUGCCGUCCAGCUACUGUUGAAGAGCUUUGAUACUCGUGAUGAAGUCAAUAAGCUUGGGGAGACGGCUCUGUACCUGGCUGCUGACGCUGCCCAUGAGGACUGUGUCCAGGCUCUGUUGGAGGCAGGCUGUGACCCAAACAUUGUCACCAUGGGCCAAAGCAGUGCUCUACACUCUGUCUCAGAGAAAGGCCACACGUCGUUGGUGAAACUCCUGAUAGAGAACACGGCCCAGAUGGACUUACAAAACCAGCACCUCCAGGCUCCUCUCUACCUGGCAGUGAAGAACUGUCACAUCCCUGUCAUCCACACACUGCUGGAGGCUGGCUGCAACAUCAACAUCACUGAUCACAGGUCCCAGACUGUCCUGCAUGUGGCAGCAGAGCUGGCCAGAGUGGACAUUGUCGACAUGCUUCUGAAAGCUGGGAUGGACCUGACCCUCCAGGACAAGCAGGGUAAGACAGCACUGGGUGUGGCAGCCCGAGCAGACGAGGUCAUCAUCGUGGACAUGAUCAUCAAGGCAGAGAGAUAUUUCACAUGGAGGAGGGCCAACACUGAGCUUAAUGAGAACCUUCACAGCCAGUCUCCGCUGACGUUUAAAUUAGACCAUCGCGCGGAGAGCAAACAUGUCCGCGGUACCGCCUGGCACCUGGCCUACCGCCUGCUGGAGCCGGAUGACUGGAAGAGGCUGGCGCUGCACUGGCACUUCACCGAGCAGCAGGUGGCUGCCAUCGAGGAGCAGUGGACAGGGAAGCGGAGCUACCAGGACCAUGGGAACAGAAUGCUGUUGAUCUGGCUCCAUGGGUCAGAGCUGGCCCAGUUGAAUCCAGCUAAAGAGCUGUACCAGGACCUGCUUGCCAUAGACAAAAAGACCGUAGCAGAUAAAAUACGAAUAGACACAGAGGACGGAGACAUGAAGAAAUGCAUCCUUUCAUAA